AUGGGCCCUCGAUAUCGUCGCGUCGCUGUGAUCGGCACCGGUCCGUCCGGCCUCUCCGCUGUGAAAGCCCUCAGCGACGAGAACGUCUUCGACACAAUCCGCGUCUUCGAACGACGAGAUCAAGUCGGCGGACUGUGGCACUACGAUCCUACUCCUGACCCUUUCCCCGAUCCCAGAGCAUCUCUCCCUAUUCGCAAUGAGAUCCCCUCAAAACUACCCCAAUUCACUGGCCCGGUGCCCGAAGAUACCACCGCCCGCACAGCGAUCUACGACACGCUGGACAGCAAUGUCGGUGCUGCCGCAAUGGCUUUCACGCAUACUGCAUUCCCACCGGUCAAUUCCGCUCUCUCAAUCAAACAAUUCGGACAUAAUAACCCCUCGCGCCCGUUCCGCGUCGUCGCGGGCUAUCUAGAAGAUCUCUUCCGCGAGUAUCUCCCGCUAGUAUCCUUCAACACGACGGUCGAGCGCGUCGAGAAACAAGGGUCGAAAUGGACCCUCACGCUGCGCAAAUCCGACCAGCUCUACCGCGGAGUUCCGCGCGAUUACUGGUGGCAGGAGCAUUUCGACGCCGUGGUCGUCGCAUCAGGCCAUUACAACGUGCCCUUGAUCCCCGACAUCCCAGGCCUCGAUGCCGCAUACCAAGCGCACCCGGGUAACUUCGAACACUCGAAAGCCUUCCGCUCUCAGAACGACUACGUCGAGAAGAAAGUCGUCGUAGUAGGCGGGAAUAUCUCAUCUGCCGACAUCGUGGCCGAUCUGCACCGCGUCGUCAAAGGCCCACUCUAUCUCUCACAACGAGGAUACAACGAAGCUCUCGAGUCCGUGUGGAACAUCCCCGGAGUCGAGAAAAAGCCCACUAUCUCCAAAAUCGAAGCCACACCCUCUAGUAUCACCGUCAAGUUCUCCGACGGCUCGACCGUCCCCGACGUCGACAAGAUCAUCUUCGCGACGGGCUACAAGCUCUCCUACCCAUUCCUGACUCCCGACCCCGUAACGCCCAAUAACCGCGUCGCGGGCUUCUACAAACAUGUCUUCAAGAUCGGAGACCCCUCGCUGGCUCUCGUCGGUCAGGUCCGCGCGGCCAUCAGCUUCCGAGUCUACGAGUACCAGGCCGUCGCUGUGGCGCGGUACUUCGCGGGCACGAAUGCGAAGGACCUGCCGAGUGAGAAAGAGCAGGAUCUUUGGGAACUGGAGCAUUUGAAGUACAAAGGGCCGACGGCGUUGUUCCAUGAGAUUAAACCUGAUUUCAAGGAUUAUUUUGACUUCUUGAGGGAUUUGGCGGGCCCUCCUGCGCAGGGGAGUACAGGGUACGAGCUGCUGCCGUGGGAGGACUCGUGGGCUGAGAAGGGGUUUGCAAUUUUACAGCACAAAGAUGCUUAUUGGAAGUCGUUGGCAAGGGAUGCGGAGGUUUCGGCGAAGGUUAGGGCGAGGUUGUAG